UUAUCUGCGCCUUCCCCUGGCUCUCCUGUGAUCCACUCCUCUUGUAAGCGUAUGAUCGGGGUUUGGUGCUGACUUGCUGUGAUUCCAUCUACAUCAUUUAUCUGCGCUUACAAAACCACAACUGGCGGCUUGCUUUGCUUGUACCUCAUCCAACUUAUUAGCGCCCCCUCUCAAGAAGACCCAUAUUAACAGGGGUACUCUGACGAAUGCGAUUGAGAGCGCUGGUCUUAUGGACAAGGCUUUAAUGGAUGGCCUGUAUGACCUUUCUCGCCUUGACCAGAAAGAAAAGGUAUCGCUGCUUAUGUUCCUUGGUCAACCGAUUGACGGAAACGAUCCAUUCGAUUCAUUGCUGCAGGCUGCUCGUAUAUAUCGAAAUACCAACGAACAAGAAUUGGACACAAUAUCAUCACCUUCCGGCACUCGGUUUCCUGUGGUCGACACUGAGGGUCUUUACGUCAGACACGCCUACAAAGAUCUUUGUGACAAAGUCGCCUCGACGUUCACAGACAGUCCCGAUACAACAUAUCAGAAUCGCAUCGUCGUCGCCGGCACACCUGGGAUCGGCAAGUCGGCGUUCCUGUUAUACUUUACUAUCCGACUUCUUGCUGCAAGCAAUGACGACAAUCCUCCUCUUGUCGUUUUCCACACCCAAGAGGGUUCGGACUGCUAUGUCUAUGGAGGGAUCUCCACUGUACGUCAAGGGAAAAUCGACGAUUUUCGUCUCCUCCUGGACCUCCCCGAAACCUGGUAUCUGAUCGACAGCUCUCCUAAUCCAGCACUCGUACAAGCCAAGACCAUUAUAUCGGCAUCGCCACAGAUUCUCUGUCCCGACAGUGGCCGAUAUCAAGAUGUUUUGAAGGAGACGCCACAGCUACAUUACAUGGCGCCCUGGGAGUUCGAUGAGUUGGAAACAUGCCGGGUCUGUGUCAGGAGCUUCAAUGUGGUCGGCCAGGACUUGAUGAAGAGGCUUUACUUUAAGAUAGGGGGUGUGCCGAGAUAUGUUCUGCACUCUCCGGCGAAUACCUUGGGUCGAGACCGGAACGAUUUUGCUGGUGCCGAGUCGAAAGCAUUGUAUCGGGUCCAGCUGGCCCUCAAUAAUGCCAAGGGUCCGUUAACACUUCUACAAUACUUGGCUCAAAAAGGAGAAUCCUUGGAGUUCAGUAGCCAUCUGCUCCACCGCUGGCCUACGAACGAUCACGCAGAUUACCACCUGCGAUGGGCCACAAAUUAUAUCAAAAUGGAACUUGUCGAGGGUUUGGGCGACGAAUCAUGGAUUGUCUUAUUGAAGGCCAUGCAAAUGGGCUUGAUGUAGCGCUAAAAGAGCUUGUUACAUUCUACAAGGAUAUUUGUACAAGGACAUUUGGAAAUUCUAUAGGUUGGUCGCGCACAAUAUUUCAGUUGUACCAAUUUUUCAAGCAAAUUUGUUUCGCAAGGUCUCCAUUGACGGAUCGCGUCCACGAUGGCAAAGAAAUUGCAGGGAGACCUUUAUUCGAGCUAUACGUACUCCAUAUCUUUCGAAAGGGCGGCUAUGCCUUCGAUGACAUCAAUAAAUUGCUUUAGUUGCUUUCCACUCUAUUAAAACAA